CGCCACAAGAGAGAAUAGGGUUCACGGUACAGUCGGUCACAAUUUCACAAAUCCACCAUAUCCAUUCCCAUCUCCCCUGCGAUCAGUUUCCACUACUCAUCAUUCACCAGUUCCACCACUCAUUUUCAAAUUCACAAUCCCUCUCUAUACUCUCAACCCUCAUCACAUAAAUUUUCUCGUAGCACAAACCCUAAAUCCAUCUGAACCCACAGCCACGGCAAUGGCCGGCCAAUCUGACCCUCAACUCUCACUUUUUUCUGCCGAAGAGGUUGAGUUCAUUGCGGAGGACGAAAUGGUCGAGAUCGUCCCCAAUCUCCGAAUGGAUGCACUCAAUUUUGUCUGCGGGGAUUUUGGUCCUUUCUUCCCACAACUAGCUACUCAGGUCCCGCUUUGGCUUGCGGUGGCGUUGAAGAAGAGAGGGAAGUGCACUAUUCGACCGCCUCAGUGGAUGACAGUAGAAAAGCUGACACAGGUUUUGGAAGCAGAGCGAGAUUCUCAACGAGUGUUUGAGCAACUACCAUUCCAUUAUGUGGAGAUCUCAAGACUUCUUUUUGACCAUGCACGUGAUGACAUCCCUGAUGUAUAUAUGGUGAGGUCUCUUAUUGAGGACAUCAGGGAUGUAAGGUUUCAUAAAGUUGAGACUAAUUUAGAGUCACUUAAUGAGCGUGCCUUUGCUUUGAAGAUUAACAAUCUAUCUGCUAUGGAAGUGAACAUAGUUCGCCCAUUUGUUGGGAGAGCCCUACAGGCAUUUUAUAAGCAUGAUAGUCCAGACUUGAUACCAGAUCAAGAUAGAGUAUCUGAUAGACGACCACAAGUAGCUAACAAUGCAACAAGACGGCAUCUGCGGCGAUAAUGUCAUCUUUCUAAUCACCAUCCAUCUCAAUUGGAAAGCGAGCUAGUUUGGAGGUACAUCUGUUCUCUUUGGAGGAACUUUCCAACAGAAUCUUUGACAGUGCUUUGGUAUUUGUUAUUGUGAAGUAGCUGUCAUCUUUGUGUUAAACCCUUUAUAUUUGAUUGUGUACUUUCUAAAUUUGUAAUGAAAAUUCUGAUUCACUUCUCAUGGUCCUGCAAUCAUUUUUUUAGUUAAUCCAAUUAAUUGUUCUUAAA